CUGGGAGCUGAUCAGAUCUCCAUGUCUCCCUGGCUGCAGACGCCCAGCCGGAUCCUGUGCUGCUGACGUGUCAGUGACUGCUCAACUGCCCCGGCGGCGGAGUGGAGCCAGCAACCGACCUGCCAACAUGGCAGCAAAACACCUCUACCAACAGGGACUGGUACUACUUUUAUUACACGUGGUGGCCGCCACGACAGCCUGGGAGAGAAGGUUCUCUGACUUUAAGAGAUGCGCGGACCAGGAGUGCAGCAUGCUUCUGUGUCGAGGAAAAGCAGAAAAAGAUUGGUCUGGGCCAGAUUGCCGGUUCCUUUCUUUCAAGAAAUCUGAAACAGUCUAUGUAUACUACAAACUGUCCGGAAGAAGGGCUGACUUAUGGGCAGGAAGUGUUGGAAGCAACUUUGGUUACUUUCCAAAGGACCUUCUUGCAGUAAACCACAUUUAUACUGAUAAAGAACUUGAGAUUCCAGCACAGGUAACAGAUUUUGUCUGCUUUGACACUGGAUUCGACAAGUUCGACAAUUAUGAUGUAGAUCUGCUCAUGGCCUCGUUGGCAGAGGAGAACGUUAGUGAAUAUAGCACUGGGACAUUUGAACAGAUCCAAGAGACAAAAAGCCCACAGACAGAACCGGAGCCAUCAGUAGAACAAGUGACGCAAAGUGAAAAACAAACUGAGCAUCAUGAGGGUCUUGAUAAAGUACAGAAAGACCAAAGUACCACUUUACCUGAACUUCACUCAUCAAUAGAAGAUUUGGAGUCUAAUACAAAAGCUGUGCCUGCAGGAGAAGAAAAGAACAAACAAACCCUUGAACUUGAGUCUGUUCUUGAAAAUGGAUCAGAAAGGAGUGAAACCAAAUAUGCACCAGCUGAAUCUGAAGUGGACUCUGUGCCCAAAGGGGAUUUAGUUAAUGAACCAGUGUCGAUUUCUGAAGGAAGGGAGAUCCCCAAGUUUGAAACUACCCUUGGAACAACGUUUGAUGCUGUCACCAGCGAUGAUGAAAUCACCACAAAAGUGACCCCAUAUCCAGAGGAGGACAGUGGUGAUGUGGACCAUCAUCCAGAAGAAGACAUUGAUGAUACAGAGGCAAUUCCGCUGUUGUCUUCUUCUGAAGAAACCGGGGACGCUGCAGCAUCAGAUUCUCUUCCGAAGCACGAAAGGAUCCCGAUUACAGAAGAUGAUGAUGAUAAACAAAAGAUGACAGAGGAGAAAAACAUGUGGACAUCGCUCGGAGAUGCUGUGUUUUCUGUUGUCACAGGAGGAGAGACGACAGGAGAAGAUAUGAGUUCAGAUGAAGACGACGACGAUGACGAUGAUGAAGAUCUGGAAGAAAAAGCUGAUGUAACAACACCACACAUUUUUGAAAAUGAAGAAUCAAAACCUCAAGGGGAUCCAGCAAACAUGGAGCAGAUUCCUGAAGAUCUUUCCAAUGCCAGCGUUGUGCAGCAAAAUAAUAAAGAAUCUAAAAGUGACCCUGACAGACUUUUCUUUGACGGUGAAAAUGAGAGCGAUCGAGAGCUGACUGGACAUGAGGAAGCGCAGAAUGAAACAUUCAAAUCAACUGACGAGUCAAUCGAAGAUCAAAUGGGAAAGAAUAUUUUAUCAGAAGAUCCCAUAUCUCAAGAUGAUAUAUAUAUUAACCCUAAUGGUGAAAAAUUGGACAAUGAAACACAUGAACCUACUGAGGAAAAAGCAGAUGAGGUGUCAAAGCAUUUAGAUCUUAGUGAAGAGGAAUCAUAUGUACAGGACAGUAUUGUGGUAACAGAGCAGGUUGUAGAUGUUGCGUUGGAUAGAAAUAAAACUGUGACUGAUCAAGAAUUAGCUAUUAGUGAAAGUGGAAAAGAUCCCCACCAGUCCAGGGAAAAGAGGCAGUCCGAAGAUCUAGAGUUCAAAGAUGAUAAAUUCGAAGCAGAUGAGAUGCAUGACCAUUUAGUCCCAGAUGUGGAAAGUAAUAGCAGUUUUACAGGAUUAUCUGUUGAGGACCUAGAUCAUCAUAAAUCAUCACAGAUGGAUGAAAGGGAAGCUGAAAAUGAUGCAGGGACUCAGGAGGAAGAGGACAAAGAGAGAGAAGAGUUACUUGAGGAUGAAAAUGCACUUUCUUCCUCAGAAACGGACUAUGUUUAUUCUGAUGAAACCUCACCUGAGACAACACAGUCCCCGCCAGAGCCCCAGUACAGCGAUAGCGUGAUGAGACUGACUCUGCUGAGAGAUCACUUCACGGAGGAGAAAAUGGACCGGGUCCAGAAUAUUCUUGGUCUAAACAAUCUCUUCAAAGUGGAGGCUAUGUUCUCUGAUAUGGACACAGAGUUGCAGGUUACCCGUAUGUCUCAAGCCGGUACCACACAGGACAUUGAAAACGCACUUGAGCGUAUCCUGGAAACGUCUGAGAAUGCCAUCUUGGACGAGAUUGAGAAGAUGCUCGAUAGCCGGGACUCAAAAAAAGACUUGGAUCAAAAGACGGACCCGAGUAUUAUGGAUGAGGAAACUGAAUUACUGGAUGACAUUCAAGAACUCGCUUUCAGCCUUCGGAAAAAAUAUUCAACAGUCAGUGAUAGUGCACCUUUAGAAACGGACAAAUCAGACGAUGUCAGAGAUGAACCUCGCUUGACUGUGGACAAAGACGUCCACCAUGUUUAUGAAGAAAGAUUUGACAGCAAGCCUGAAACUGAUCAGGAUGACAACCUCACAGUAACGGAUCAUAAAGAAAGACCAGAUGUGAUCGAAAAGGAGCAGAUUGUACCAGAUGUAAACGUGGAGGAAGACGGCAAACAUUUCAAUAAAAACAAGGAUUUGCAGGGCUUUGGUGCCGUGGAGGAUAUGCAGAAAGGCCCUCAAACCACCCUGGAAAACCCCUUGGACAUGGGCCUGGUUGCCGAGGUUGAGCAAUCAUCUGCAGGAUCCAUGGACCCAGUCGAACCAGUGACAGAAAAACACGAGGAAGAAGUGGGAUUACUCACAACUGGAGCAGUUUACAUGGGCUGCAUCUUCUCAAUUAUCAAGAAUAAAACUGAAGAAUGGAGCGUUGUGGUUAUUUCAUUGCUGCCAGAGGAGUGGAGGCCAGGAAAAACACUGUUUGGCUGUCCUUGGGAAGCUGUGGUCACAACUUCUUUUGUUGGAGUUCUGACCUUCACCCUUUUCUUCUGGAGGACUGUUUUGGCAGUAAAGAAGAAAAUAUACCUGGUGGAUGAAAAGAAGCUCAACGAGCAAAUCCAGGCGCUCAAAAAACAGAAGAAUGAAGCUCUCGCCAAAAUAUCUCAACUCAAGAUGCAGACAGAAGAGCUGAGAGAAAACCAGAAAGAAUCGAAGGAAACAGUUACUUGCACAAUGAAAAAGAUGCAACACUUGGAGGGUAAGAUGACAGAAGCAGAAAGACUGAAUGAACAAAUGGCAGAGGAAAGAAAAGAAUAUGCAAAACUCCUUGAAGAAGAGCGUGCUGCCUCAGUCCGAAAUGAAACCAGGAUUGAAAAAUUAGAGAAGUCGAAUGAGAAACUGCAGCUCAGCAGGAAAAAGACUCAGGAAGCACUUGCUAAGACUACUACUCUCUUGGAUGAGGCCAAGAUUCGUGAAGACGCACGAAAUGCACAACACAAAUGUCUCCAGAAAGAGUACACUGCAUUUAAGGAAGAGAACAAAACACUCAAGGCCACGAUUAAAGGCUGGGAGGACAAACACAAGGAGCUGAACGAGAAGAUUAAAGUCUAUCAAAAGUCCCAGAAAGAGCUGGAGGACUCUGUUGUUCUGAAAGAUCACAAUGUGGAGGUGCUGUCUGAGCUUCUGGCAGACCUGGAAGCCUGUGAUGUGCAAAAAGGUGACACCAAAGUUUUAGCUAAUGGUGAACUAGCGGCUGAUAAAAAGACGGCUAUAAGAAACAGAAUAAAGCUGAUGAUGGAUGUGUCCAGGGUCCAGACCACUCUUGCUGUAGUUGAAGAAGAGCGAGAUCGCUUCAUGGCAAAACUCCUGAAUGAAGAAAAGUCAAGGAAAGAGCAAGAAGAAAAACACCGGGAGCUGGCACAUGAAAUAGGAACCAUAAAAAGUGAGAAGAGCCAUGUUGAAAACCAGUUCAAGAUCCUCCAGCAGAAAAAUGAGAUCAUGGUUGAAAUGUACCAGCAGAAAGAAAAUGCACUGCAACAGAGAUUAACACAGGAAGAGCUGGAGCGACGCAGCAAAGAGAACCUGCUGUCCGAGGUGGGAGGUAAAGCUGUGGAAGCCGAGGAGCAGGUUAAAAUCUUAAGGCAGCGCAUCAAUGAAAUGGAGUCACAGAUGAAGAAGACUGAGGAGGUUUAUAAAGAACAGAUCAAAGAGCAGGAAAACAAAACUCAUUCCAACUGGGUAAAUGCUCGUAAUGCAGAGCGAGCUUUGAGUCAGGAGAAGCUUGAAGCGUCAAAGUUGCGUGAGAAAUUGGCCGUGCUCACCUCCCAGCUGAAUGAGCGCCGUGCUCCUCUCUUCAGACCCAACUCUGGCCAGCCUGGAGCUCUUCGCCAAGGUGAUUCAUACGGGCCCUCUCCCGUGAGUGGGGGUGCUCCAUCCCCUCCUUUAAUGAUCGAGGGUCCCAGGCGCCCUCCCUCUGCCCCAAUUGGGCGAAGAAUUGACCCGUAUGGUCCUCGUCCUCCAUCAGAUCCACAUGGUCGCUACGCUGAAAACAAACACAUCCCUGGGAUGGACAUGAUGGGCCCACGGAGCUCAUCUCCAGCCAACCUGGACGGAUCUACACAAGCUGUAGAUCCACAGAUAAAAGCAGAGACUCAGGCUGUGGCUUCCACAGAGAGUCAAGAGCCAGGACCCGGAUCUUUCAUCGCCUCGCCUAUCAGGGACUCUCCCGGCGCCAUGGUUCACGGACCUCCACCGGGCCCUGGAGGUCACGAUCCACUGCUCCCUCCUGGACCCCACGGUCGUCUGCCACCACCCGGACCUUACAGAUCGCCUCGACAGGGACAUUAUCAACUCCCGCCUGGCGCCCUUCCUCCAAAUGUGCCACCUCCUCUUCCAGGGCCUCACCUGCCUCCCAAUGGACACCCAGGCAUGCCCCCACCAGGACCGAUGGGAGGAGAUUUUGGACCCCGACCUGCUAAUGGACUUGCAUUUCACCCCAGGCCUGGCCCUGGACAUGUAAUGGAUCCUCGAGGUCCACCACCACCACAUUUCCGUCCUCCACCUCAUCACUUUGGACCGAUUCCACCUCCACAUGGUAUCCGAGGCCCGUUAGGACCACGUCCACCUUUCCCCCCUGACAUGCGCUUCACAGGUGUCCCUCCUCACCCCACACACCCUGGUGAGGGUUACGGCCCGGCACCAGCCAAUGCCCUCCAGAACUCGGCGGGUGGCCAGAGCGGCCCCGGCCAGGACCUGCAUGUGAAGCAGGAGGCCUCUCAGGACUCAGCAAGGCCAGCGUCGGCCAAGCCUUAAAAACACCACCAGCUACAGCAAAGGACUUGAACACACUUUCAUCCCUGACCCAUCACAGAAGCAGAACGGACUCAGUCCAAACAUAGGUCAUGAUGAGUUUCGUAUUUCUGUUUGCAAAAAACCUGCAACGAGCUAUAUUAAAAAGGGGUCCUCAAAUUAAAACAAUCAUCAGUAAUUGUGUUGGAAAUUUAUAUGAUUUGAAACAGUUGUGACUUUUUUUCAGAACAGCUUCGUAACAGUGCAAUAACAUUCAUUAAAUGCCAGAGAAUCUUCAUUUGACUUGAUCUUCAAACAAAAAAAGGCAAUGAUUUUUUUUUUUUUAAAGGGCAAUUUUUUUUUAUGUUGUUUCCUGUGGAAAUUAUUUUUAAAAGGAGAAAUAAGAGGGAGUUUUAACUACUAGCAUUUCAAAAGUACAAGUUCCACAAAAUUGUUGCUUCAGUACGAACUGCGAAAUAAAUGUAUAAUUUCAUGGCCAGAUGUGUAACUUAUUUUACUAUGUUGCUAGAUCUUUUAAUAAUAAAGAAUAUAA